UUUCGUUAGUAUAUUCUGUGGUGGUUUGUCUAUGGUCACUAUGGUGGUUGAGAAUUAUUUUUAUAAUAAAAAGCGUGUUUUGUAAAUUUCAGAUAUUUAUGGACGAGAAAUAGUAAAAUAAAUAUCGAAAUAGUGGUAUUAAAGAUUAACUUUCUAAUAGUUUGUUUUGCAUCGUGAAUUCGUACAACGCAAGACAAAAUAAUAAGCAAAAAUGGCAUUCAGUUUCAGGAUGUCGUUGCACAUCUGAUCAAAAUGAAGUUUUUGAUUGUAUACAAAUACUUUUAAGAAUUAAAAUAGGUCUAACACUAAUUUAUUUUAUUGUGAUUCGGCAUUAAAAACACUAACAACCAUGGAAUUCGCUCAGCCUCCACCUAAUUUAGCCAUGCCCCCUCCUAAUAUGAUGAUGCCACCUGGUUUCCAUAAUGUUAGGCCUCCAUUCAGGCCUUUUAUGAACAUUCACAAACCUUUACCAGGCCCCUUGGGGAACAUGACUCUGGAAGACUUUGACGGAAAACGACUCAGAAAAUCUGUUAUGAGAAAAACCGUCGACUAUAAUUCUUCAAUAAUCAAAGAACUAGAGAAUAGGGUAUGGCAAAGAGACUAUAGAGACCGUAGAGCUCUACAACCUGAUGUCAUGUAUUAUCCUGAUCUAAUGCCUCCUCCUUCGUACCCUGACAAUCCAAUAAACUGUGUAACCACUAGAUUUGUUAAAACAGCAACAAAUAAAAUGAGGUGUCCGAUUUUUUGCAUGGCCUGGACACCGGAAGGCCGAAGAUUGGUCACUGGAGCCAGUUCGGGGGAGUUUACCCUAUGGAAUGGACUUACGUUUAAUUUUGAGACUAUUUUACAAGCACACGACAGUCCAGUUAGAACGAUGGUGUGGAGCCACAACGACAGCUGGAUGGUGACAGGGGAUCACGCAGGGUACGUCAAGUAUUGGCAGUCGAACAUGAACAAUGUGAAGAUGUUCCAGGCCCACAAAGAAGCCCUGCGAGGCAUCAGCUUUAGUCCUUCCGAUACCAAGUUUGUGACGUGUUCGGACGACGGCACCCUCAGAAUUUGGGAUUUUUUCCGCUAUCAGGAGGAGAAAGUACUAAGAGGACACGGUGCUGAUGUUAAAUGUGUACACUGGCACCCUCAAAAAGGACUGAUCAUAUCCGGAAGCAAGGACAACCAACAACCAAUCAAAUUGUGGGAUCCCAAGACCGGACAAUCUUUAGCUACGCUGCACGCUCACAAAUCCACCGUGAUGGACCUGAAAUGGAACCAGAACGGUAACUGGCUGAUCACAGCGUCCAGAGACCAUCUUCUGAAGCUGUUCGACCUCAGGAACCUGAGUCAAGAAGUUCAGACGUUUAGAGGGCACAAAAAAGAGGCGUCUAGCGUAGCGUGGCACCCGGUACACGAAGGGUUGUUUGCUAGCGGUGGUUCCGACGGUGCCAUUAUGUUCUGGCACGUGGGUGCUGAUAAGGAAGUGGGCGCUAUAGAACAAGCCCACGACAGCAUAGUGUGGACGCUGGCCUGGCAUCCUUUAGGCCACAUUUUAUGUUCCGGUUCCAAUGACCACACUAGCAAGUUCUGGACGCGGAACAGGCCAGGCGACCAAAUGAGGGACAAAUACAAUCUCAACACGCUGCCUGCCGGUAUAGCGGGCUUAGAAGAUUUGGAUGCCUUAGGAGAUGAGCCUAUGUCGGUGAUUCCCGGAAUGGGUCCAGAGGACAAAGUCGAACUGACGGCCCUGAUAGGCGAUGAAACGACAGCCAUUCCAGGUCUGGACUUAGAUUCUGGAUUGCUGACCAACGAGGAGAAGCCCAAGCCGAAGAAAGUGCCCUUCAGCAAACCGAUCCCCAGAAAUUUCCAGGCGCAGUGGAAUGAAACGGGAGCCGGAGACGAUGGUCUUAACGACGUCAUUUCCAAGUUGGUGGAAAGUACUCCAGGCGUGGUACCACUGGAGAAAAUUACGCCCAACGCUAUUAUAGUCUACGGCAAACUAAUUCCUGUGGAACCCGGAUCUAAACUAGAAAAGGCCAUCUCCGAAGGCCCAGACGCUCUUCAAAAAUUCAUCGAUUCCGGAGAGAUUGAAGAACUACACGACGUGAUGCCCAUCAGAGAUCCCGACGAAGACGAGUACUUGAGGGACACGAACCACGAAGAAAUCAACAACAUGCACAACGUGAGCAUGCAGGACCUCAACGACAGCCAGUUCUUCGACGAAGACUUGAGGAAUUUGGACCAAGACAUGAGGGCGUUUAAUCCCAAAGGAGACAGCGACAUGCGCAUGUUCGGCGAUCGGCCCGCCUCCGACUUGGACUUCCGUCCGCCCAAAGACUUCGACAUGCGCAAUCCCCCACCUCUAUUCAACCACCCGCCAGGCGUUCCACCGCCACUUUUCGGCGGACCGCCUAUACGUCCACCCCGAGGCCAUCCGCUGAUGGGCGGACCGGGAAUGGGACCGCCCCGGGGAGGCGGCAUGAUGCGGCCGCCCAAUCGUAUGUCGCACGGCGGAGGGGAUGAGGAGUUUGGCGACGAGGAUUUCAGGAAUAACAGCGGCGGACGAAAGAAUUUCGAUGAGAGUUUUGAGGAGGACAAAGAGUUUUACGAUGAUGAUCAACAAAACAACUUCAACAAUUCGAACUGGCAACGCAACGGCGGCAACUUCAACAACUUCCGCGGAGGCGGCGGCAGGGGCGGUUUCCGACCGCCCCAGUCCAACAACUUCAACCCCGACUGGAGCGGUCCCCCUCCCAACCAGGACUUCCGAGGCCGCGGCAGAGGGCGUGGCCGAGGCGGACCCAGAGGUAAAGGCGGAGCCGGAGGCGGUCCGCGCAAUAAGACCCAGAAGAACAGGGGGCGUGGCGGCGGUAGAGGCAGGGGCGGAGGCAGUUGAUUUCGACGUGUUUCAGAAGGAGAGGAGACGUGAGAGGAAAAGAGGAAAGAAAGGAGCAUGGUAUAUAUUUAUUGUGUACUUGAGAGAAAUUAGCUAACGGUUUUUUGUUAUUAAGGAAAUAUUAAUUUUAGAUAGCGCUCUGUAUAUGUAUUUUUUUUCCAAUUAAAUGAAA